UUUCCUUUUUUUUUUUUGUUUUUGGCGAAAUCUGUCUAGUACAAGAACAGUGCAGAAAGCGAUCGAAAAUGGCGUUUGUUUUCCCCUUUUGUGCUCGUAGUUGACCUCUAAAUCAAAUCCCUCGAUAAAGAAGCGAAGGAAGGAACAAUCGAGUGCGUUGCGCCCCCACCGUAAGCAGCUAUGUCGUUGCGCAGGCGAACCUUGCUCAAGGUCAUUGUUCUCGGCGAUAGCGGAGUGGGAAAGACCUCGUUGAUGAAUCAAUACGUGCACAAGAAGUUUAGUCAGCAAUACAAAGCUACCAUUGGUGCUGAUUUUGUCACUAAAGAGCUUCAGAUUGACGACAGACUUGUCACUCUACAAAUAUGGGAUACUGCUGGGCAAGAGAGAUUCCAAAGUCUCGGGGUUGCAUUUUAUAGAGGCGCGGAUUGCUGUGUUCUUGCGUAUGAUGUUAAUGUGAUGAAAUCUUUCGAUACCCUUGACAACUGGCGAGAGUUUCUCAAACAGGCAAACCCACCCGAUCCAAGGUCAUUUCCAUUUAUUUUGCUUGGAAACAAGAUUGAUAUUGAUGGCGGGAAUAGUCGAGUGGUUUCUGAGAAGAAAGCAAAGGAUUGGUGUGCUUCAAAAGGGAAUAUUCCCUAUUUUGAAACAUCCGCAAAAGAAGAUUUCAAUGUUGAUGCUGCAUUCCUGUGUAUUGCCAAGGCUGCUCUUGCCAAUGAGCACGAACAAGACAUAUAUUUUCAAGGGAUUCCUGAGGCAGCAGUUCCAGAAAAUGAACAGAGGAGUGGAUGUGCAUGCUGAUAUGGAGAUACUGAAUAAUUUUCUGAACUCCCCUUGUUGCUGUAGUUCAAACUCUUCAAAUUCUUUUUGGUCAUUCAGUGCAUACUGUAUGCCUUGAUUGUGAGAGUAAACUGUGUACCUUGAGGUUGCCAUUUUGAUACAUUGUAUCAUUUAUUGUAGUCCUGUUUUAGGAAGGACGAGCUUCAGAGUGUUGCACUUGCAGGUAAACCAUGUUCAGUUGAUAAACUAUAGCCUGCUAGAUGCGGCAUGAACCAUGGAAUGUUUAAAUAAUUUUUGAACUUUUUUUUUCCCGUUCA